AUGCCAACGCAGGUUGACGCGACGCUUGCCGCGAAAUUGCUAGACUCCCCUUUGAAGUAUUUUUUGUUAGACAUCGAUGGGGUGGUUGCUUCCGGCCACGAAGUCAUCCCGCGCGUACCGGAGACCUUAAAAUACCUACGCUUCAAAGGAAAAACGAUCCGCUUUCUCUCCAAUAACUCCUCCUACUCGCGACAUCAGAUCAUCAAGGUUUUCGAAAAGCGCGGCAUCCGCGGAUUUACGGAGAAGGAGGUCUACAACAGUGGCUACGCCGCCGCGCUGCGGCUCCAGCAGCUUCUAGGAAAGCCCGUUCGCGAUCCCGACGGCGGCGAGCAGCUUCUCGUCCACGGCAACCUCUUCGUGAUCGGAGAAGGGGGGCUGCACGAGGAGCUCCGCCGCGUCCUCGCGCCCGGGUUCAUCACCUACGGCCUGGAGCUGCACGACGCGGAGCGGGUGGGCGGCUUCGACGGGGCGAGGGUCUGCUCCGCGUGGGGGUGCGCGGUGCUGCCGCCGCCUCUCGCCGACGUGGCGACGUCGCCCAACCGGCGCCUCUCCCUCGCAGACCUCAACGCGGUCGCGGUGGUGGUCGGGCUGGAUUGGCACUUCAACACGCUGAAGCUCGCGUACGCGGCGAUGAUCCUGCGCGGUCCGCCGCGCCCGGAAGGGGGGCUGGGCGGGGAAGAGGAGGGGGAGGGGGCCGCGCCGGGCGCGCUGUUCAUCGCCACGAACGAGGAUCCCCAGGUGCCGGCAGGCUGCAGGGAGGUUUUCGCACCGGGCGACGGCUGCAUGGUGCGCGCGGUGGCGAUCGCAUCCGGCCGCGAGCCCGACGCGGUGUGUGGGAAGCCUCGGAUUGACAUGGCGGCCGUCCUCUUCGCGAAGGAGGAGAUUGCGGACGCGCGGGCGUCGUGUUUGAUGGUGGGGGAUCGCCUCACAACGGAUGUAGCUUUUGGCAAUGCGGCGGGCUGCCAGACCAUGCUCGUGCUGAGCGGCGUCGAGGGGAUGCGUGAUAUUGAGAGGGCGAAGAGGGAACGGCGAAGUGAGUUGCUCCCAGAUUACGUGGCAGACUCGCUUGCUUGCUUUAUUCCUUAG